AUGGACACAAUACUAACCAAGAAUGAUCAAGGCCUGGAGGUACCAGUUUUGAGUGUUAAAGAACAGUUUGUUUAGCGACUUCAUUCUUUAAGCCCGAGUAGUUUUCUUGUAAGAGCAAUACUUUUAUGAAUAAUUUCAUUAAAAAGUAAUGGAAACUUUAUUUAUGUUUUUGUUGAAUGUACAAUUGUAAAUCUCGCUACGUAUAGGCAAUUUACAAAUGCUACUUGAGAUUGAAUUAUUCAAAAAAAAAAAAAAAAAAAAAAAAAAAGAGAGAGAAAGAAAGGAAAAAAAACAAGAAAAGCAAAAUUGCAUUAAGUCUGGGCUAACUCAAUUCCUGUUUCUACCAGAAAAGAUAUAAUAUGUUGCUCUAAUGGCUAUAUUUAUCAUUUUCUUGAUUAUAUAAAGUUGAUGCUUUUUGUCAAUGCCAAUGUCAUUCAUUCAUCAUGUCUAAGAACGUGGAGCAUUCGUCGGAGGAAACGCCAAAAGAGCUCAUGGAGAGAUUUACAAAUUUCACACAUCUGUGAUUUCUACUCACUUCUUGAUCAAGUUCAGAUAUUUCAGCUUUCUUUUUUUACGCAGUACAUUGUUAUUAAGGUUUGACUCAAAACCGAUAAUACGGAUAAUAAUCAAUAAUAAUCCUCUUUCCUAUUUUGAGGUUUUCUGUGAUAAUGAACCAAUUUUUGCAAUAAUUGAAAUGGAACAUAAUCCACAUAAUAUGGGUAAGAAUCCGAAUUGGUGGUGGCAAACCAGUUGCCUAUUUUAGAAAGUCCUUGGGGAGGGGGGAAGGGGGGGUACUCGACCAAUAUUUGGGUAUUGGUUAGCUGCUGAUGAAACCCUAACCUUGUUUAGGACAAGAAAUUCCCAAAAUAUUAAUACCCAGUUCAGGACAGUUAUCACUGGCAAUUCGGGCUUUUUGUUUAUUCUUUUGAUAGGAGGAAAUAACCUAAAAAUCCAGCAGGUAUCUUUAUUACCUGCCUCUACGCCGGGGUUGUGGGGACCGCGGGUAGGGGGGGGGAGGGCAGGGGGCGAAGCCCCUGGGAGCUCCUGGGUUUUAAGUGUUUCAAAGGGCUUUCGACAACAUCUCCAUUUACCAUUUUUAAAGAAUUAGUUGUAUAAGAUUUCUUGAAUUUUACAAACUAUGUUUUUUAUAAAAUAAUAGAUAUUUAUUGAACUAAUGAUAAGUAAUGAUUCUAUUAUAUAAAAUAUAAAUUGUUUUAAGUAACAUACUUUCAGGUAAGCUUAAACGAGAAGAGAGAGUUUGAAUACUGCAGAUGAUCGAUUUUGCAAACGGAUAGAAAAACGCUAGACCGAUCGGUGGACGAUUGCAUUAGAUUAACUUGUCAUUUUGACACUUAUUAUUAACAGAUGUAUGUAACGCCAUUUUAUUGAUUUUCACCCCCCCCCCCCUUUUCGCCGCUUCGGCUGAAAACCAAAUUCGGAAAACUUCUUUUGCCCCUUUGAUUUUCCGCGUGUGGACGCCAUAUUGAUAACGUCUCUCAAAAAAUGAUGAGAGUCCGCACAGGCCGUCAGAGGAAUGGAAAGCAAACAUGGCGGAGAUCGAUGUUCUUCGUUGUUUCUGUUGUCUCUUAGGCCGAAUUGCUUAAAACAACAAGCGCAAUUUCUUCAGCAGAUUAUGAAAGUUAUGCUUUGCGAAGAUAUAAACACGUGAAGAGAAUAUACCGUAAUUUUUAGGGAGUUAUUAUAACUCCAAAAAUGGAGUAAAAAUUUUAGGUACAGGAUAACCCCUGUUUGGGGUUAUUUUAACUCCUAAUUUAACUGUGAAUUUGGGGUCACUUUUACUCCCUAAAAAAGAGGUCUUUUUACUCCCAGUCAGGUGUUAAAAUAACUCCGAAAUGGGGUUAUUUUUACUCCGAAAUGGGGUUAUUUUUACUCCUUACAUAGGUUGUUUUUACUCCUUUUGGAGUUAAUUUAACUCUGAAAGUGGAUUAAAAAUUUUAGGUAUAGGUUAUUUUAGGUUAUCUCAACCCCUCAAUUCUGGGGUCACUUUUACUCCUGAAAAGAGAUCUUUAAACUCCUUUUUCGUUUAGACCUAAGUCAAAUAUGAGGUUACGGGCGGUGAAUAACAAGUCUAACAAAACAAACAGUGAAAAAAGAAUUCUCUAUUUUCCUUAGUCACAUCAGGCUUCAAAAACAGCAUAGCAGUCUCAUGUACUGAUUAAAGAUGUGUAGGGCAUUGGUAAGGAGUCCAUUACGUUGAGCAUGGAAUUGGCUAAAACUUAAUGUUACGAGUUCGAAUGUUAUUGACUAUCAGCACGUAGCGAUGUCGGAUUAACACAAGGAAGUUUAAUACCAAAGGAACAUAGCCUUUACAGAGCUUUAAAACACAGCAUCCGCCAACACAAACUUGACUUGAACUUAAGUAAAACUAAACAUCCUCUGUCAAUGAUAACAAACUCUCACUUGAACUUCAGAUAUCUUACGGCUUCCGCCAACUUGUAAACACAGAACUUGCAAAUCGACCUUCGUCACACUUGACUUAAAACGCAGUCCACCUCGUGGGAAAAAACUUAGUUCGUCAAAAGAACUCGCUUGGAACUUGUAUACCGUUUGACAUAAGGUUCUAGAAAUACUAAACAGGCGAAUAGUAAUAGCUUUUUCAAAUACUUUAUGAUUCCAGUAACUGAUGGAAAUCUGCUGACUCGUUCUGAAAUGUAAACAUGCCCUAAUUAAUUAUUCCUGUCUGAAUAAUCCAAAAACGUAGAGAACGCUCGAGAAAGUCACGCAACGCAUGAAAGCAAUUUUACUACGUAACACUCAACAAAGACAAAAAUGUCUUUGUACAACAUUUUGUAACUUUAAAUUCAUCAUGAAACAGUUCGAAAGGAGGGCUCACUCAUGAAAUGUUUUUCAACACUCGAAGAGAAAUUUCGUGUCUCUGCGCGGCCAUGUAAUAUUCUCUAUUUUCAUUCCUCCACAAAAUUAUUAAAGAACUACGGCGACGGCAACCAGAACCUCACAAAGCAAUUGGUUAGCUUGUUAGCAAAACAACAACUCUGCACGUGCAUCACACUUUUUUGUACAUUUCUUUGCCGUCACUGCACCACUACGACGAGAAUUGCCUAAUUUCACGUUUUAUCGACAACGUGAACAUACGACGACCAAUCUCUCUCGCUCUUUUUAAACUUUGAUAUUUUUCUUAAGAAUUCAACUCCAGGAGAGUUCGCCUACAUAAAACAUAGUGAUCGAGUUGAGAUAAUCGCGCUAAAGUUUCAUAGACUGAGAAGUCACUUCUUAAGCUACAUUUUUGCCGCCGUCGCCGUCGUGGUAUCUUAAAUUCCCUAAUCCCUCAACUUAGAGUCUCCUCUGAUCUGACGGGUCACACAGGUAAGUCGGUUCAAAGCCCGGGAAGCUCUUUCUACCUUAAAAACUGAGUUAAAUCAAAGAAAUCGAAGAGAUCUCGAGAUAUCUCGAACUAAUUCGGCUCUCACUUCGUCAAAUAGCCGAAUAAAACGGAAAACCUACAGACUUUGCGUGUCCAAUCUUGGAAAAAAAAGUCAACUUUGAUACAUUACUGAGCGUCGCAAAUCCUUUACUUUGCGCUGAUCCGCCGAAGUAAUUAUGUACCCUGUUUAGGACAAACUCGCACGAAAUUAUAUAUCCUAUUUAGAAAAGAGAGGAUAAAACCCAUAUCCUGUACAGGGGCACAUCAGUAGAGCCGCGGGUACAAAGUGAGGCCAAGGAUUUAAACUUGGGGUUAUCGAGAACAAAUCCAGCUCGCGGUCAGGGUGGGGAUUGGAACGCAGGGACUCGGCUACGCUGCCUCCCUCCCAGUCAGAGAGGUCAUGAGAAUUAAGGAUAUCAUCGGCUCAGAUACACUUUCUUGCUAUCUUCAUAGAUAAAAACUUCCCCUUCCUACACUGCCCUAAGAAGGGCGGGGGAUAAAAAGAGAAAUAAAAAAAAUAAAUAGAAGUUGCAAAAAUUAGAAGAGAAGACAGAUUAGUUCUCUCACGAAACUGAAUGCUUUCCCUCAGCGCCUUAAAUCUCUGACCCUAAUCCUAGUGCGUCACCGUUAAUAAUAUCAUAGGUGACGAAUUACUCCUUAAUUUUGGCGCGAAAUUUCAGCGUUAAUUUGUAAUUACAAAAUUGCCAUGGCAACCUUUCAUACGUCUCAGUGUCACGAUGGCGACGAAGUUUUAAAAUGCCGUGAAUGAAGAUGUCAGGGCACAAAAAGACGCUUUAGAAAACCUGAACACUCAAGAGAACAUCAAGAAGGACUCUAAUAGGUAUUUUUACCGAAAAAGUCUGAAAAACUCCGAACUUCAUAAGCCAAAUUUAAGGUCUAAACAUUUGAGAGAGUGGAGUUCUCGAUCGAUACGAUCCAGGAUAAACAUGUCAAAAAUCGAAGAUUGCUAACGCAAUUCGUCACCCAUGAUAUUAAUAGGUAAUCAAAUGGCCAUGGUAUACUCGUGAAAUUAGGGAAUAAUUUCACUUGCGUUUUGUCCAAAUCCUAAUAAUUUCCCAUGCCUAAAGGCUCGGGAAAUUAUAAGGAUUUGGACAAAACACAAGGCGAGGGAAAUUAUUAGGAUUUGGACAAAACGCAAGUGAAAUUAUUUCCUAAUUUCACUCGUCACCAUUUGGUUACACAUACUUAUUGCCUUUAGCUGUGAGAAGGAAUGAAGCACGGGGUGCGCCGUUUUCUCACAACAAAUGGCUAAUUUUAAUUUUUUCGGCCUUUUAAAAUUAUUUUUAGGUAUUUCAAGUGGUAUUUGCUGAUCUCAACUUGGAAUUUGUGCAGUCUGUAUCGCUCGAGCAAACGAGAGCUCUCUUGAAAGACAUCGGUAACGAAAAUGGCGUCCGAUGGAUUGAAAGAGCCGAGACUUUCUCGAUUUCAGGAACAUUUCAACAAGUAGAACAGACUCGUAACCUCUUGAAGGAGACUGUAAGCCAAUCCAAUGGAAUAACUGUUUUCACUGGCCUGAAAAGAAAAGACAUAUCACAGGAACGACCGCCAUCUCACGGCGAGAUAGAAAAUCAGGAAGAUGUCAGUCAAAACAUCAAUAAUGGAUCCAACACAGAUGAUAGGAGCUCUACAAUAUCCUUCCAAAUUCCAGAUUUUGAGAUAGAGCCGAAACUUUUUAAAAUUUUUAUCGAAGCAUAUGAAAAAGAUCUUCACGACAUGGAAGCCAAGUAUCACGUCCAGAUACCCAAGAUGGCCGAGGGUAGCAAGUUAAGUUUGAAACCAGAAAGUUCGUGUACUGCAAAUGAUUACGAAGAGGCCUGCAACCAGUUUAUCAGCCUAUACCAAAAAAUGUUCCAGCGUGUUAAAAGGGAGCGUUUCUCUCUCAAAAAUGAGCAAAAGGCUGUUCCUGCUCGGGACACGAUAAACAAAAUGGGUAAAAAGUUGCCAAUUUUAGUACAGUUAUCCCAAGAUCGAAAGCACUGGGAGCUCUACGGGGAGGUGGGCCAUAUUGAAGAGGCUUUUAGAUAUCUCGAGCAUGAAGGAGUGGAAAUAAAGAGGGAUCAAGAGCAGUUUAUGGAAGAAGAUUCACAAGAUUACUCCAGCGGUGUCAAGACAACAACUAAUCGGCUAGAGACCUUCUUACUAGGCAAGUGAAAUAUCGGUUGUUGUCUAGGUUUAUCGUCCACAAAUGUUAUCUGAAGAUAUAAGUCGAAAUCCAGGGUGGUCUUUCUUUUAGGUAACUGUUGACGCAUCCUUUGUGUUAUUAGUAGGUUCACAGGACGUAUGUCCUUCCCUGCAUUUUGAUCCUCCCUUGACGUUGCGUUCCUGAUAUAAUAAGAUUUUUUUACCAUUUAGUGCCCGUACUAAUUCAUCAGAUAAGUCUUCUUUCCAUGUUUUUGAAAUCGUACCAAACGGAAUGACAUCUUUGGAGUAAAACUCUGACUGACUCUAUUUGGAGCAUUAACCCGUUCGUGGCCAAGAUUUCCUCGACUAUAUUCCAGCCAUGAAUUUAAAGCGAAAGCGAAAAACACGGGACAUUAAGCUCUUCAUUUUAAAGUUUUUCGAAGCAGUUUUUCGCAGACCAUACAGAUGUUUUUCAGUCGCCUUAAAAAAGAUUUUAUCCUUGUCCGGAUCGCCAAAAAACUUUCACCAGUCAUUGGCUAUGAAUUAAAGUUUGUCAAAUGCAGUUUUUAGUAAAAUCACUAUGACAACAAUUAACAAAAAACUUUCAAAUCGAUCAAAUCCGAAUUUCGCGCGAUCUAGACCUGCUACUCAAAAUCCGACGCCAGGAACUUGACGUGUGGUGUUCAGCGAAUAACCUCCGUGAGAAGGAAAAAUUGUGUACGUUUGAAUUCAAAUAAAACGUAAACAUAUUUCAAACCUUAUGUUUUCAAUCGCCGUGAUAAUUUUUUUUUUGUAAUAACAGUGAAUCAAUCUCAAUGAAAGUUUCAGACAUUAUUAUAUACAUCAUGAAGGUUAUGUGAUAAGGUUUAAAAAGAAUUCUGCCCAGGCGUUUUAGAGAUAUAGAAAAAAGCGCUAAAAGUCGAAAUUUAGAAUAAAGUUGCACUUAGACAGGUGGUAAGAAAACAGGUUAGUUUUCGGGAUCGCAAGAAAGGAAAUACACCAAAAUUUCCAUGCAUCGAAAUCUGCGGAUUAAUUUGUCGAGUUAUUUAGAACUUUUUUGUUAAAUAAUUUAUCACGGCCAUUGAAAAUAGAAGGUUUGAAAUAUAUUUCCGUUUUAUUUGAAAUUAAACAUACAGAAUUUUUUACUUCUCACGGAGGUUAUUUGCUAAACACCACACUUUUAGUUCCUGGUGUCGGAAUUUCAGUAGCAGGUUUAGAUCUAGCCUGCGAACAGCAGACAUAUUUCCGGUCGUCGCUUCUCUCCCUCCUAAUUUCGUCGCUUCUCUCCCCCCCCAAAAAUUAGGAGGGAAAGAAGCGACGACCGGAAAUACGUCUGCUGUUCGCAGGCUAGUUUAGCUCUCUGCGUUUAUUGUUGUCAUAGUGAUAUCGAUUUUACUAGAAACUGCAUUUUGACAAACUUUAAUUCAUAGUUAAUCAAUGGUAAAAAUUUUGUGGCGAUCACACAAGGAUAAAAUCACUUUUAAGGCGACUGAAAAAACAUCAGUAUGGUCUCUAAAGAAAAACUGUAUCGAAACACCUUAACUAAGACUAAAAGAAUGUUACUAACCGUUCAGUAUUUUUAACUGUUGAAACUAUCCUUUUAUAGUGUUACUUUAUCAAAAUAUGGAAAUGAACGUGAAUCGCUGAGAUCGAACGUAGUUUUACCUUGUCCAGUGCUCAGUUAGUGGCUUGCGCGAUUUCAGCUCUCGCCGGCAUUAACUCUUUUCUUUACUAGAACAAAGGUCAUAAAGUUGAUCUGAGCUAACGUCUUUAGGGUGGGUUCCUUUGGCAUGACCCGGAUCAGGAUCAGUGAUCCGAGAUCAUUCGGAUCAUGAUCCAUCAAAAAGACCCGAUGAAUCCUUUCCCAGAGUGGAUUCGUUCACUCCUUUGCUGCACUAUGAUCCGCGUGAUCAUAGGGAUCACUGAUCCUGACCCAGAUCAUGCAAAGGAACCCAUUCAUACGUUACAGUGCCGAACACACUUAGGUGUCAUCAGCCAAUCACAGGUCUCGACAAAAAAAUCUCACUUUGGUAGCUCGUUAGCCAAUUCUAAACGAGAACCGUUGCAGUUUCAAAGUGUCUGUGACGUGCUUGAGUUUCUUUAAUUUUUUAGAUGGAAAAGUAAAGGUUUCAGCUUACAAAGGCGACAUUACAAUGGAAAAAGUCGAUGCCAUUGUAAAUGCUGCUAACGAGGAUCUUGUACAUGCGGGAGGCGUAGCCAAGGCCAUUCUUGACAAAGGAGGAAAGACGAUCAGGGAAGAGUCGAGAGCAAUCAUUCGAAGGUUUGGUGUGCUGAAAGAUGGGGAAGCAGUCACAACAAAAUCUGGAAAAUUGCCUUGCAGUGUGGUGAUUCAUGCUGUUGGACCAAAAUGGGAGCGAGUGGAACCGAGGAAAAGCAAAAGGAUACUUCAUCAAGCCUGUCUAAACGUUUUCUCUGAAGCUGAAAAACUAAGUCUGGACUCCAUAGCAAUACCAGCGAUCGGUUCCGGUAUAUAUGGGGUACCGAAAGACGUUUGUGCUGAGGUGAUGCUUGAUGCUGUGGAAGAAUAUGUUACAAAAGUCAGCCGAAAUAAUAAAAAACUUACCGACAUAAGAUUGGUUGACCUAGAUGAUCUCUCCGUUCAGGCCUUUCAAACAGAGUUUCUGUGUCGAUAUGGAGACAAACUUGUAACAGAAAGUGGUAACAACCUCAAGGCGCAGCCAAGGUCGAAUCGUGGUAGGAGAGGCAAGGGCAGAGGGUCGAAAGGUAGUGGCUCAACGAAUAACUCUCCUGGCAGUUCUGAUGUUCGUGACGAUCAUCCUUUGAGUGCAACAGCCACAUCUUAUAGUGGUGCAGUGAAACGAAAUGUGGGCGAGAAGGAUGGGAAGGCGCCGACAACAGCUGGUGGAGCCAAGGCAGAUAAGGAAGAGGAAGGUAGAAAUGGUACUUGUUACGUACAAACGCUUUAAUUUAUAUACCGUCGAACCUCUCGGUACGGAAACCUCUCUAAUACUGACACCUCUCUAUUACGGACAGUUUCCAAUGUCCCGACAAAAUUCUCAUAUAUUUUCGUUAAAAAAAGCCCUCUAUGAUACGGACUCUCUCUAAUACGGACAACGGACACAAAAUCUCGGCCCCAGACAUUAAGUUCAUAUAAACUUAACCUCUUUAUUACGGAUACUGCGGUGAUCAGGGGAAUCCCGAAUCCCGAUUAGGUGAAUCUCCACAGGGUGAAUCCCGUCUAGUCUGGCUGAUGAGCUUUGCAAGAUGAUGUAAAGCCCAGUCGCUGUAUACCAAACAACGAUUUGCGAGGGCUUCAAUAACUACAGAUAGCAUAAAGAUCUUUCUAUUACAUUUUGUACUCUAGUUUCUGUUUACUACACUUGCAAAAUAGCGAAAGACGCUUUCAGAAUUGUGCUUUGAACGUUACAACUUUUUACAUGCAGCAUUGCGCUCUAGCUCGUUCGUUUUAAAACAGUAAUUUGUCUGUAGCUGAGAUGUACAAUAUUGUAUGUUACUGAAAGACAGUACUUUGAAUUAAUAACUUUAAAAGCAGUACAAAGACGAGUGUAACCUUGGUUUCAGCUACUGAAUACUUAAAGCUGUAAGUGGAGUCAUAAAAGUGACGUCAUCAUAGUGACCUCUUUUAUACGGACACCUCUCUAAUACGGACACCUUGCUCUGUCCCUUCGGUGUCGGAAUUACAGUGGAAUUAGAGAGGUUCGACUGUAAAUGAUACCCUAAAUAAGUGACGCUCAUGACUCGGAACACUAAACAUAGUUCAAAACUACUGGAAGGUGCAGUACAAACACUAAUCUAAACCCGUGCACUUCAGUAAUGAUCACUUUGUCUCAGGAUUUUGUAACGUACUCAGUCGUUUCAGAAUCUAUCGUGUUUUUUUAGAACUAUACUUAAACGCGAUACUGCAUGAUAUUUAUUGCCCUCAGUGUGCACUCCAGUGUGUCUCCUUUUACUCCGAACAGUCAAAUUUCGCACAAGAGAGAAUGAUCUCUUGAUUUCGUAUUAAAGUUAGCAUUAUAUUAUCGUAAUAUAGAGCGGUUUUCACUUGACUGUCGAAAGGGAUUGGUUUUGGUUUUGGUUUUACUACGCCCUUUGGUUGGCUAGUGUAUUUACUUUGGUUUUGGUUUUACGACAGUCAAGUGAAAACCGCUCUAUUACAAACUUAGUAUCACAGCUUCCUUGACAUAAUUACAUGUACUUCUCCCCGUUUCAACUAUCAUUACAGGUCAGCUGGCGAUAUGUUAAGCGAGACUUAGAGAGUAACAAGUCUGUUAUCAGUUAAUCUUUGCGAGAUAAAUCAGUUACAAGAUCCUUAAGUUGACGUAAACUAAACAGCGAAAUUACCCCUUUUCAGUAGUUUGCAGUACAAGUAAGAAUGAGAAAAGAAUAACCGUGACUAAGACGAACAGUUAGGUUUACUGUGGAAUGUUGCUGAAAGGGAACUCACCAAGAGAAUGAUGUAAUCGCCGAUUAAUCUCAGUGAUGUUUUGGCUAAACACGCAUCAGUUAAAGAAGAUCGUAAAUGCCGUAAAAAAUGUACAUCUGAAUGCUAUUGUUGUUUUCCCUUUUUUUUAGAAACAUGCCCAAUUUGUCUUGAUCAUAUCACUGGGCCACGACGUUUGAAGUGUCGGCACGUGUUUUGUUCAGUGUGUCUUCAACAAGCGCUGAAAGUGAACAACAGGUGCCCCGUGUGUCAAGAACCUCAAGGAGCUCUUCGAGGAAACCAGCCAGGAGGAGAAAUGACAAGCUAUCACGAGUCAUAUAGAAGUCUCCCAGGUUACCCAGGUGAUUUUAAAAUUCGUUUACAAACGACCAACCGCUGGCGACAUUAGGAACCUACAGCAAACACGACGGUACUGUUAGUGGCACCGCGAGGUUCAAAAAGUAGUAGGCCGAAAAAUCAACAGCAACAGCAACGACAACUCUGCAUGGGCGUCACAAUAAUAAUAAUAAUAAUAAUAAUAAUAAUAAUAAUAAUAAUAAUAUAAUGAUAUUGAUGAUAAUAAUCUCACAAAUUUACUUCAUAAGAGACGUUUUUAGUUCCGUAGCCAUCGUCCUUGCUCUAACUUUCUUGUAUCACAGAAAUGAUAUGUGUAAUGUUAGUAAGCAGCCAAGGCGGCGCCCUGAAAAAUAGGUUGUAGCGCAACAUAUCUAGUUGGAAGGGGAAUAGGUGAAGGUGGAGUUCGUCAAAGAAAGCGACAUAUCAGUGACAUAUCAAGUUCCAGUCGCUCGACUGCUAUUUUAGAUUAACACAGCUGGGUCUCUGAAUAAAGGCUCUCUCAUUCGAUUUGAUUGUGGAGCACGCCUCUCCAAGUGAAAAUGAGUUGACUUGAUCCCGCUCAAUUUUCUUUCAAAAAGCUCCCAUUUGAAAAUCGAGGAAGGUUUAGAGCAGCGAUUUGAGGGGCGGACUACUUUAAUUUCUGUGGGAGCGUAGGCUGUCAGUUUUUUUAAAAACCUCUUGAACUACAGCUUGACUAAUUUAUUCUUGCGCAAAGAGGAGUUGACGGACGAAAGGAUCUGCAUAUGCCUGUACAUGUACUCUGCUUUGCCUGUUUGCAGGGUGUGGCACAAUCAUCAUCAGAUAUUACUUUCCAUCUGGGGUUCAGGGCCAAGAACAUCCACACCCUGGCCAUCAUUACGAGGGUACUUCAAGGGAAGCUUAUCUUCCAGGCAACCGUGAAGGACGAGAGGUUCUACAGCUACUAAGUAGAGCAUUUGACGCUCGACUGGUGUUUACGGUUGGCACUUCAAAUACAACGGGACGUCCAAAUCAGGUGGUAUGGAAUGAUAUUCAUCACAAAACUAGCACGAGUGGAGGACCUACUGGGUAAGAAUACAUAAAUUAGCUGACCAGGGUAUCACUUUAAGGCAAGAAUCAAUAAAUUAAUGAAAGGUGUUAUGAACACCAGUAAUUGUUACUGCUGAGGAUAAGUCUGUGAUGGACUAGCAUCCCGGGCGGACCGUCCAGGAUUGAGUUGCAAUUCUCGUAUGCACUUCAUGCUACAGAAACCGGGAUAAGCUUUUAUACUAUUGGCCUCAUUGGCUUUAUUUGCCCUUAUCCCUCCCCUUUGCUUUUUUUCAUACGCGUGCUCAGUUAUUAAGGAAUUUUUUGGAAAAAAAAAUUUAUAAACCUGAAUUUGACCAUAUAUGACGGGCCAGCAGCCUGAUAAAGUAGUUAAUAAAAAAGAGGGGAAACCAAUUGAAAAACUGGCAGGGCUAUUUGUUAUUUAGUACACAGCUUUCAAGAAAUAUUGUCCCAGGAAAGUCACUCAAUCAAUUAAGAAAUAAUGUAACAAAAUUAUGAAUCAUUAAUACACAGUUAUUCAUCCCUUACAAACACAUGUUGUUUUGUUUAAAGGUUUGGAUAUCCUGACCCAGAUUACCUGCGGCGAGUUAAAGAAGAGCUUGCUGCUAAAGGAAUCCGCUAA